AGGAGGAAAACAAGAACAUCUACGUUGUAUUCAUAUGAGAUUUCCAAAUACAUUCAGUGUAUGUGAUAAUAAGACAGGAUAUAAAUUUGGAGCUUUUUGGUGACCUAAAAGAGUUGGCAACUUGAUGACGUGGAGAAAUGAAAGAAGAGUCCAUUUCCCUUGAAUAUUCCUCUAUAUGAACGAUCUAUCGGCGAACUACGAACGAUUUUAAAGUAUAAAAUUACAGACGUAUCUUUAUAGAUAUUAAAAUUUAUUGGACAACAGUUUUUUCAAGAAAUUCAAACGAUCAUGUGUCUUGCCGCAAAAAGAGCUCUUGACAGUCCACACGAGAAGCGGACCCUAAAGCGUGCGCGAGUUCCUUUCCGUCGUCUGCGCAGCAGGCAAAAGAGGUCGCCACCUGUUCUAAAAGAGGACAUCCAAGUGAAAGACGUCUGUUUAGGGACUAAAUUUGAUUUGAGGACCAGAAUAGAGCCGUGAUAGACGUAUAGCUCCGAGCUAAAAGAUGAAGCACAGAUUUCUAGGAAGUUGCAAAAAUAAGUGGUUUCACGAACGUGAGUCUUUUCCUUUCCUUGAAUAUCGGAUUAGCAGUGACUUUGUGACAAAGAUAGAAGAAGUGACAGAAAAUGAUUCUGUUGUGACAUCAGUUGCUCUUAAAGGUCUGCCGGUCAGUCAAGGUGUGGUCCGGGGGACAGCUAGGGUGGUCACCUCUCUGCAGGAAGCAAGCCAAAUUCAGCCUGGUGACAUCCUGAUAGUGCCCUACACAGAUGUGGGAUGGUCUCCUUACUUCCCACUUAUAUCAGGACUGGUAACUGAACUGGGAGGACUCCUUUCACAUGGAGCUGUGGUUGCCAGAGAAUAUGGUCUUCCGUGUGUGGUCAACAUUCCAAAAGCCACUCAUCUUUUUGCCAUAGGUAAAGAAACUGAUGCAUUGUGCCAUUCCUUUUGUCAUUGUGAAUUGACAUUGUAAAUAGGAGACACUCUUCUCAUUGUACAUCGGUCAUCUCUAUAGAGUUUUAACCAAUUUUUGCUGUUUGAUUUCAAGAAAACUGAUCUGUAUGCGCACCUUUUCAUUCCGUUUUAAUAAAUAGUCAACAACAUUCUCAACUCAUAAAUGAAAAUAAAUUAAGCGGAUUUUCCUGUUUUUUAGAUGGAUGUAAUAAUGGGGGUUUGACUGCAAGUUUUAUUUCAGUUUAAAUCAGUUAAAAUCAUGACUAUUUUCGAUAUACCAGUUUUUAGCAUUUAUUUUUUUAUCUAUUUAUUUUAUUUAUUUAUUUAUUUUUCAUUUUUGGCCUUCUUUGAUGUGUUAUGGUCAUGUUGAAUUUCUGUUCUAUUACCCAGGAUUGUCACUGUUUCAGGUGAUCAAGUUGUAUUGAAUGGUACUAACGGGACUCUGGAAAAAGUG